AUGAGGUUCGAGCUUUCAUCCGAGAAUCUGGCCAACGUGCCUCACGUCGCCUGGCUCGGAUUGGCGCUCUUCGUCGCCCACUGCCUCUACUCGCUGACGAAGCGGCCCAAGAUCAAUCUGCCCGGACCGCGGGGCUGGCCUUACGUCGGCAACCUCUUCCAGCUCGGCGAAGAUGCAGCACAGACGUACUACAAGUGGUCGAAACAGUACGGCCCCGUGUACAAGGUCAAGCUGGGCGAGCGCGAGGUGGUGAUUGUCAACUCGGCGCAGGCGUCCAAGGAGCUGCUCACCGACCUGGGCAGCAUCUACAUCAGUCGACCGCUCUUCUACACCUUCCACACGGUCGUCUCUUCCACGGCGGGAUACACGAUCGGCACGUCGCCGUGGGACGAGUCGUGCAAGCGCAAGCGACGUGCAGCGGCGACGGCGCUCAACCGCGUGGCUGUGCAGAGCUACGUGCCCAUCAUCGACCGCGAGACGCUCUCGCUGGUUGAGGAUUUGUACUCGGCCAAGGGCAAGGCGAUCGCGCCGUUUGCCUACUUUCAACGUCUGGCGCUCAACGUCUCGCUCGUAGUGACGUACGGAUCGCGUCUGGACAAGGUGGGCGACGAGCUACUCCAGGAGAUCGUCGACGUCGAGACGCACGUGGCCAACUUUCGCUCGGUGUCCAACUCGCCUGCCGACUAUCUGCCCAUCGUACGCUACCUGCCCAACUUUGGACGCAACGGCAAGGCGUUUGCCAGCUCCAUCCGUUCGCGCCGCGACGUGUACAUGAAGCGACUGCUCGACGACCUUCGCGAUCGCGUGCAGGCCGGCACCGACAUCCCCUGCAUCACCGGCAAUAUCCUCAAGGACCCCGAAGCCAAGUUGACCGACCUCGAGCUCUCGUCGAUCUGCCUCUCCAUGGUGUCUGCCGGCCUCGACACGCUCGCCAACACGUUCAUCUGGUCCAUGGGCUUCCUUGCCAAGCGACCGGACAUCCAGGAGAAGGCGUACAACGAGAUGUACAAGGUGUACAAGGGCGAGAUCCCCAGUUCCGAGGAGGAGACGGUUGAGUACAUCACUGCGCUCCACAAGGAAUGCUCGCGUUACUUUAGCGUGCUCAAGCUUGCGCUGCCCAAGGCCACCUUGGGCGACUCCAAGUACAAGGGCGUCGACAUUCCGUCUGGUACGACGGUCUUCCUGAACGCAUGGGCGAUUCAUCACGACGAGGAGCGCUAUGGCGAUGUGGAAAACUUCCGACCCGAGCGCUUCCUCGAGGCGGGCGAGGAGAACAAGCAGGCGCACUACUCGUUUGGAGCGGGUCGUCGCAUGUGUGCGGGAGUGCAUCUGGCCAACCGCGAGCUGUACAUUGCCUUUUGCAAGGUGAUCCACUUUUUCAAGAUCGAACUCUCGCAAGACCCUGCUGAGCAGGAGUACGACAUCAACCCAGCCACCGGAUGCGCCAACCCCAAGGGCCUCAGCUCGACGCCUAAGCCGUUCAAGGUGCGCUUUGUCCCGCGCGACCCGGCGACGAUCGAGCAGUGGAUCGAAAACGAAAAGUCGCGCACAGAGUUGCAGAUGGCCACCAGCCUCAGCAACAAGUAA